CUUGUCCAGCGGUGAAGACCUGAGGUCGUUCUGGCAGCUGGCUGCACCUCUGGCCUCGUAGUGACCCACAAAAGCGCGGUGAGAGAGCACUACCUACUCGCGUGCAACAGCACACUCCACACAGAUGACCGACACCACCACCUGCGGCCCUCGUUCCUAGCACCGCUCCCCCUUGCACCGCCCUCACAACCCCCCGCGCCCCAUUCCCCUUCCACAUGAGUGCGCAAAUGGCACCCGCGGAGGCGCCGUUGACCCCGACCGCCGUCUCUUGUCCGGCAAAGGUGCUAGUCGCCGGCGGUUACCUGGUGCUCGACCGCAACUACACUGGUCUUGUGUUUGGUCUCGAUGCAAGAAUCCAUUGUAUAGUCGAGCCGAUCAAGUCGACGUCGGGCGUUUCCAUCAGUGAGAUUGUCGUGAAGAGCCCGCAGUUCCGUGAUGCCAUCUGGGAGUAUGGAUACCGCGCGAAGGAGCGGGAUGGUGGCGUGAGCGUGCAUACGUUGAGCGUCGGCCACAACCAAGUCAUCUCCCGCAACCCCUUCAUCGAGACGGCGCUCACUUACGCCCUGACCUACAUAUGGACACUCACACCCACCCGCAUCAUCUCACCGGCCUCGAUCCGGAUCCUCGCCGACCAAGCAUACUACUCCAACCCGGGCACCCGCAACUCCUCAUCGCGCUUCCUCGACUUCAACGUAUCCCUUAGCGAAGCGCACAAAACCGGCCUCGGCUCCUCCGCCGCUCUCGUCACCUCCUUCACCGCAGCAGUACUAUCCUUCUACCUCCCCAAAACCAUGUUCGACGUGACGACAGACCGAGGACUGACGAUCCUGCACAACCUCGCGCAGGCGAGCCACUCGCACGCCCAGGGCAAGGUGGGUAGCGGCUUCGACAUUGCCAGCGCCGUGUACGGGAGCUGUUUGUACAAGCGAUUCUCGCCCUCGCUGCUAUCCGCGUUGCCCGUGCCGGGCGCAGCGGGCUUCGGGGCGAAACUGCGAGACCUGGUCGAAGGCGAGUGGGACACGGAGAUCGCGCGGAGCCUGAUCAAGAUGCCUGCGGGUCUGCGGCUGGUCAUGUGCGACGUUGACUGCGGCUCGGAGACGCCCGGCAUGGUGAAGCAGGUGUUGAAGUGGAGACAGGAGAACGCGACCGAGGCGGAGGGUAUCUGGCAGCGCCUGCAGGGCGGGAACGAGGCGCUCGCGGCGGAACUUACGCGUUUGGCUGAGCAGGGCGCCGAGGAACCGGAUGGCGCGGGCAAGUAUGCGAAGCUGAGUGUCAUCAUCGAGGAGAACCGUGGAGCGAUCAGGGAUAUGGGCGAGAAGAGCGGGGUCCCGAUUGAGCCGCCGCAGCAGACGCAGUUGCUUGAUUACUGCACUAAGAUCGAGGGCGUGGUCGGGGGCGUUGUGCCGGGCGCGGGCGGAUUUGAUGCCGUUGUGUUGCUUGUUGAGAACAGUGAGGCUGUGAUGCAGGAGCUGAAGAGGAAAUUGAGUGAGUACCGACCUGAGGAUACGGGCGCUGAGGGCCCGAAGAUUGGGAGGGUGGGCACCGUGGACGUCAGGGAGGAGAUGGUGGGUGUCAAGAGGGAGGAGUUGGGGCUGUACAAGGAGUGGACUAUGUAAGCGUGGGGUGGGAAAGGGCCAGUAAAAGCACAUGAGCGUUGUUGCUUGACUUUUAGUUGAUUCAGUAGAUGCACCUAAUAACGUUGUCCGCUA